AUGAUAGACUUAAACUCGUUAGAAAGCCAGUACGCCGCUUUGCAGACAAUUCUUCAGGAAAAUCUUGCUCAUCCCAAGGUAAGGGCUGAGAUUUCGGGCACGUUAGCGGGGUUUCUUGACAUUCUGCCGUGCCUGAAGCUAGACCCCAGAGUACUUGUCAAGUUUAAUGCGCAAGAGCAGGCUCAUUACACAGACAUCGUUAACGCCAUUGCCUCUGCCCUGAUGGCUUACUUCACGGAGUUAUGCUCGAUUAGAAAUGUUCUCUCCAUCUGCAAUCGAGUUUUCAUGCCAUACCAUUGUGCUGAGGUUAUCCAGCCCGAAAUUAUACGGACAGUCUUUUGGAGCUAUGGAAAGGGGAUGCUCAGUGACCUGGACAUCUUGAGCUACUGCAACAUGGUCGUGACCGGCUCCUAUCUUACUACGUUUCACUGUGACACGGAGCAAAUUCUCACGACAAAUACAAAGACCACUAACACGGGGCAGCAUGGCUCCAAAGGCGCGAAGAGCUCUACUGCCAAUGUGCUUGACCCACGCAAUGCUUACUUCAACGAGCGGCAAAGAAUAUCCAAUUCGUUGCUCCCCACGCUUGCUGUCUUUAAAGCAGAGAUAAGCUCGACGUCUCUGGGGCUAUCUAAUGAAUGCUAUCUUCUACUUCUCGCGGCGGAACUCGUAAACAAACUCUAUCAUCUCGAAAUCAUUUCUGAAAACGAACUGGAGUACGAGUCCCUCUGCACAAGGUCCCUUGGGCUUAUAAUAACUAUCUUUAACAAUGUGUGGCUGCGAAUCUCGGACGCUGGCAUGGAGCUUAGUGAGACUUGGCAAACACGAAGACACACAUACACCAAAGGUUCAUCGGCUAUGCAUGCAUCGCAUAAUAAGGAGGAAGAAUUUGACCUUAUGAGCCUGCAGAACAAAACAACCAUCAACCUAGAGCCGUACCGCCAAUUUCUUGGCAACCCUAUGGCCCUUUCCGUGUCAGAUGCCUUGCAAGACCUUUCUUCUUCAUCGCAAUUCAUUGCUAUUGAUGACGAACCAGAAGAGAGCCCGGCUCAUACGAUCGCAGAGAGUAUGCUCAUCCAAAACGCCCUGGGUGCAAGCGGGUCUGUUUACCAAAACAUGCCCAAGUCUCCGAUGCAGAUCCCUUUGAAGUUAAGUAGACGCGGACUUGUACUAAGCAAAUCGACACAGAAUUUACAAGUGUCAGAUAUAUCUGCCAUCAAUCCUGGAAUCCCGCAGUUUAACAUCCGAGACCCCAGGACAUACUAUAAGCUUAAUAACGAAGAUGCAAUUAAUAUGAUAGAGAACUCCAAGGCUGCCGACACUGACAUUAUUGUCAUGAUGUGUAAGGUGGCUUGUGAUCUAUUAGUAGCCACCGCAGAGUAUCAUAAAAAGGUGUCCUUACAAGAUGACACACCCAACAACGUGCUCUCUGGAGGAAUGAACCUAAAGUCUAGUAGAGAUGCAAUCAGCAACAGGGUUGGUACCUCUGUCUGUACGCAUCGACGAGGUGGUAAAGCCACGGUCAACCUGGCACGCUCUGUCGGAGAAAUACAAAAGCCACUUUCAAUCGAGCCUCCAGUUGAUAGAAGUAAGACAGUGUCAGCCUACUCAAAGAUGCGUGAGGGCUAUGAUUCCAGUCUGGUGCCUCAUACGCUCAAGACACUCGAUAAGAUUGCUGGGACGAUGCCAUCAAAAUGGAACAGCACAGAGCCUCGUAAUAUUUGCCCUCCAGGCACGCGAUUUAAUAGGGUAGAGGUGGGGAAGAGAUACGCACCCGGGACCAUUGGGGGUCCAACCUAUCUCAAUGACUUGAAGACCGUGACAAAAGAUGACAUACAGGCGAAGAAAGCAUGGAUUGAAGCUCCAUAUGGUACACCAAUGCAGCUGAAUUGCUUCACUAACUAUAACACCAUAACACACUCUCCGCCCGGCUCAGGUACUGUGCGACUGCCAAGCGUUGCUAUUUAUCCGCCAUCUCGCUCUUUCACCCUCUCUAAGAUGCGUACACAGAACUUAAAGGACUACAUCAAGACCCUCACUGAGACUUACUACUAUGCCCUUUACACAUCAUUCUCGUCUUGGUCAUCUAUCCGUCAUGCUCUGACGUCUAUUAUUUACACGCGGGCCUUUCUAAUACGUGACAUUUACGAUAUUCAUAGUAUUGAGGAUGCGUGCUACCUGUUUACAACCGAGUCCACCAUUAAACAGGCGAUCUCAGCAACAUUUAUUGGCCGUGCAAUCACAGAGCUCUUUAAUUACAUCGGACAUCUUGGUGCCAUGACUGUUAAGAACACUAGUUUCAUAAGCAGCAGGUUGGAUGAGCCUGUAAGCACAACCAAACAGAAAGCAGGACCUGGAGAAGUUAAGUGCAUAACCUGUGUAGACGGUGAUAAGGCUGUGGCACGGGAGUAUCCAGACUCGCUCGUAUUGACAACUAAAGACCUAUCAUCAGACAAUGCCCUCGUAAUUCAGUUACGCCUUUGGGCCUCGCAGGUCGGCAGCAAGCUUGUCCAUGGCGGACUAGAUGUUGGAUCAGUUCCAUAUAUACACGACGUGAGAAAGGCCAUCUACUAUGUGCAUUGCAACAAGCUGUGGGGUCGCUUCGAUCCCGAUGAGCUGUGCUGCAUGCUUGUGGUUAUGUGGUUCUUUAGUUCUGUCCUGUUUGAGGAUUGCCAAUUUGUAGACGUUAGCAGGUCUUCCUAUAGCACGAUCCCUGUCGUGCUAGCAGAGUCAAAGCCGAUUGAAAGCCUAUCAUUCGAAGGAGAGCAUGAGCUAGAGCUGUUAGACAUAAUGAUGGUCUUGAUCCCUAUGAGCGAACGGGGAAGUCCCCACCUACUAAGGGCCGUGAAGCUCCUUCUGGGAGACUUGUAUCUGUAUCUGGAUUGCCCCUCCAGAUGCCAAGCGGCUGUUUUCAAGUUCUAUGAGAUGAGUGCCUAA